AUGAUCCGCCUCUGGUUCACAGCGGUAGCCGUGGUGGCCGUGGUGGUCGCGGCCGUGGUCAAGGUCGCGGAGGGAACUUUGCCCAUUACAAUCAAAGUCAUCUUCUUCCAGCGCAUCUUCCCCCAUCUCGCGGUGGUCAUUCCCAUGCCCAUGGUCAAGAAAUUGGCCAUGAUCGAGGCGAUACUACCAACAGCGACCCAGAAGCAACCUUUCCACAGUUUUCGACUGAUAUCAACACCAACAAUAGCCAWGUGCCGAUCCCUCCGCGUGCGCACGAUUCUCGCAACCAAGGCCUCCACCCUCCGACCUCCGCCGGCCAAAGCAUCGUCACCGGCCAGACUUCUGCAAGGAAAGGUAUCAAUCCACAAGCCGAACCUUUUGUAA